UUCGUCACUUCCGCAUGUGCAAAAAUCCCUUCCUUUCUCUUUGGGUAACCAUAACAAUCAUGGCGACUUACGCACAGGUCGGCAGGUUGUUGGGUAUUUCAGCAAGACUUUUGCGUCCUCUUGCUGGCAGUGGAUGUCAGAGCACUGGACUCCACUUACUUUCACAUCCUACAGGAGUCCCCAACAGAUGGCCACAAAACCCCUUCUGGGUUGUUCCUGGAAGGAACAUGUUUGUGCAGACACAGGACACACCAAAUCCAAACAGUCUGAAGUUUCUUCCUGGUCGGACAGUUCUCGAAGAGGGAACCAUGAAUUUUGCAGGCCCACGUGAUGCACACUGCUCACCCUUAGCAAGACAGCUGUUUAGGAUUGAUGGAGUCAAGAGUGUCUUCCUGGGCCCCGAUUUCAUCACCAUCACUAAGUCUGAUGCAACUAUGGAAUGGAAAGUAAUCAAACCUGAUGUAUUUGCUACUAUCAUGGACUUCUUUACUUCUGGACUUCCCAUUGUAAAUGAGGACAGCAAGCCAAGUGCAGAUACAGCCCCAUCAGAUGAUGAUGAUGAAGUAGUGGCUAUGAUCAAAGAGUUGCUGGAUACUCGAAUAAGGCCGACAGUGCAGGAGGACGGAGGAGACGUUCUGUAUCGGGGAUUCGAAGAUGGCGUAGUUAAACUGAAACUGCAGGGCUCUUGCACCAGUUGCCCCAGUUCAAUUGUUACCUUGAAGAAUGGAAUUCAAAACAUGCUUCAGUUUUAUGUACCUGAGGUUGAAUCAGUCGAACAGGUGAAGGAUGAAGAGGAAGAGGAGGCAGCUCAAGUGUGAACUACUGAAACUAGCAGAACCACAUAUAGACGUUCCUCUUCCCCCCCAAACCACCUGCUUUAUUUCAAUCAUAUAUGCAAUAAAAUAAUCAGUUGUAUAUCACAGCUGUGUGAAACAUCAUUACUCAUCCAGAUGUUAUCAUUGAUUUUGGUAUCUGUGUUCUGUUAUUAGCAGCUUUUUACAAAAUGUAAGACAAAAUUGCUCAGUUGUAUACAGAUUGUGCAGUGGAAAUAAACUGUAUUUAUUCUUUCAUAUUGUAUUUACACAUGUUCUGAAUCAGUCAGCAAAACAGCCUUUAGGUUAAAAAUACUGUAUACUGUAUAAAUAAAGAUUGUUGAAAUAUU